CGGCCCCGCUCCCGCGGCGGGCCGCGCUCGACCGCCAGCAGCCCGGUGCCCAGCCCCGGCUCGCCCGCGCCCGAGGAGCCGUUGCAGAAACGACAGAGAACUGUGGAGGAUUUCAACCAGUUCUGCACCUUUGUUUUGGCCUAUGCGGGCUACAUCCCGUACCCUGAGGAGAAUGAGCCCUGGACCCACGGAGGUAGCAUGAGUCCCCAGAACAGUACAGGCAGCACUCAGGACAGUGAUAGCUGGGCCUCAUCCCAUUCCUCUGAUUGUCACAUCCUGCCAGAUGACCGGAGGAGCAGGAACACCUUGGCCAAGGGGGCUGUGGACAACAGUCUGUUCAUGAACUGUCCUGCCUUCCCCACCAGCUUCUAUGAUGUCAGGCCCCAGCAAAUGAAACGGAAGAAACCACCAGCAAAGAAACUAAUUUUGGAGCAGGAGACAGAGAAGAGGGUGCCACUGAACACUGGGAAAGGCUUUGGGGUCGACCAGGAUCAGGCGAAGGAGUUGGUUGCGCUGGGGGGACAGGUGCUUCCUCUUAAAGAGCAGUCCUUGGAGCCUUCCAUCAAACCAUCUGGGGACCCUCCACCCAACUCCCUCCUGGAAGAGCUGAUGAAAGAGGAGAAGGACUGGAUGCCGGGCAUACAGGGGACCGAGAAGCCAGCAGGAGAUGAUCUUCAGCUAAAGGAGAACGAACCUUGUCCUGAAGGGAGGAAAAGCCCUAGUUCUUGUAGUACCUUGGACCAAAGCGAAGGGGAAGAUGCAAGCAGAGCAAGCUCUCAGCUUAGUGCCACUCCCAGCACCAAAGCAGAAGAGGAUGACGCCUGGGAUCUGAUCACCUGCUUCUGCCUGAAGCCCUUUGCAGGGAGGCCCAUGAUUGAAUGUAACGAGUGUGCUACCUGGAUCCACCUCUCGUGUGCCAAGAUCCGCAAAUCCAACGUGCCUGAGGUUUUCAUCUGCCAGCGAUGUCGCGAUGCCAAGCAGGAGAUUCGCCGCUCGAACCGAGCUCGGACGGUGCCCCGCAAGCGUUUCUGUGACUGAAGCCCUUCCUGAAAAAGGAGGUUGGGGGGUCCUUUUUUUAAGCCGAAGACUGUAGCCCACUUUGGCUAGACAAUCAGUGCACAGUGAUGGUAGAGGGAGGGAUGGCCCACUGUGCUGGACUGCCCUCCUUGCACGUCCAGCUCCUGGAAGCUGCCACGUGCUUCCUCCCUAGGGAUUGUGUUGACCGUGGGGCUUGGUUACCCCAGAGGUGCAAGGGGAAAGGAGGGUGGUCCAGCCAUGCACUAAUUCACUCAGAAACAUCUCUGUCCUUGCACAAACCCGGCUUAGUGCCUUUCCCCCUGGGCAACCAAUGAGAACCUAGCCCAAAUAGUUUCCUUGUGGUGUGGUGGAAGCUUACAAUUAUCCCGAGAUGUGACUCCCUUUUGUCCUUUUUCCUUAGAAUUUUCCUUUCCUUGCCUUGGACUUUCAGGUGGGCUGUGAUGGUAAAGCCCCAACGACCCAAGUUCUUUUCCAGCAAGCAGGCAUAGCCCAGGCAAGCUUCCUUCAUGUAGCACUCCGCUUUUAGAGCGGGAGGGGAAGGAAUUAGUCCUACUAGCACCUGAACUAGACUGGGCUGCUCUGCAUUGGCUGUAUUGGCGGAGCUGGCUGAUCAGCCUUGUAGGAUGCACAGGGGAGACAUUAUCUUUGUCCCAUGGUGCUCCUGGUUUUGGUUGCUGUGUCCAAGGCCAGGAUGGUUCUGUUGGGUCGGGAACAAAGCGCAGCAAAAGCAUCCAGAAGUAGACAGAGGUCAGUAGUUCGCCCCCAUCACUGACUGAGCUCCAGGGUGCUGCAGCUUGUGUAUGUAACACCUGAGAGCAACUGUAAAUAAGUUGUGAAACAACCUUUUAGACUAUUAUGAAGGCAGUUUUUGCUAACAAGUCCUCCCUGGUUUAGAUUUUCCAGUUGCACUGAAGACUCCUGUGUGAAAGGAACAUGGGAUUUGUGGUGGGAGACCUAAACAGUUAUCUUCAAAGCUGGCCAUGGUAAGGGCUUGGGAACCCUUUGGAAGGAGGGAGCAGGAGUGUUAUGGUUAGUUUUCCAUUUUUUCCACUUCAGCAUUAAAACAACUGAAUCUUGUGUGCUGUGGCCAUCUCCAGCAUGCAGGACUGUCUGGUGAAGCAUCUGCUUAAACACCAGCUAGAUGCUGAGACCUGAGCUUAGAGAGCCAGGUACAGGCAGGGCCUUGUUUCUAAGCUCUCCCUUCCUUGGAGAGUGUUGUUUUUCUCCUGGGUGUGUAGGGUGAAAGCUUAUUUCUCAUCAAGAGUGGGCCUUGAACCCCUUCUGCUAUGCAAUUGCUGCUCUGAAGAUGUGGGACAUUCCCUCACCAGGCCCCCUUUUAGGUUCCUAAGUGGAAGGCUUUUCCCUGUUGCCUUCCUUUCUCUGUGAGCAGUGUGUGUGUGAUCUCCUGGGGCCCUGUGUGCACUAACUGUUGGAUCCCACCUACUGCCUCCUCACAACCCCUCCAAAGAGCCUGGCCCACGUGCCUUCUGCACUUUCUGUGGGGGACACAGAUCCUGCUCCUGUCCUGGUGACACGUGGCUCAGCCCUUGGUUCUCUGCUGUCCAGAGCAGGGCGUAGGACAGCCUGGAUUUGCCGAUCUCGUUACUGUUUUUCUAAACUGGGUUCUUUCCUACUUGCACAUCUGGUUACUGUGGGACCACAGCUAGGGGAGAGUGUGGGGCAGCUGCCUGUUGCUCAGCAACCCCUGGGCUGGUCCCUGUGCCUGUCUCCUCCUGUGGAAAGCCUGGGCCCCAAAAGUGCUUUAUGUUUUUAUAGUUGCUUUGUAUUGAUAUGUAAAAUAGCAAAUUCUGGUCCUUGCCCUGUGGAGUGUGGCUGGAGUCAUAUGUAUAUAAUAAAGUACUUUUGUCAUAA